ACAGUCUGCACGUAGCUCAGGAUGUUAAAGGCAAUAGCCUCGGCUGGUUGGUUAUUCAUUAGCAAAAAGGAAAGAGCCAUCGGGACUGUUCUAACGACAGGAACAGACUUGAAGCAGGGAGACAGGUGCUGGCAAAGGCAAGGUGUGGAGAUUGUACCUGGAGUUAGUAUCUUUUUCUUCUUAACUUUUUCUUGGGACAAAAGGCAAGAUGGCAUCUUUUUGUUCUCCAAUGUCUAUCUAAAUAAAAUCCUCUUAGUUUUAUAUUUGUUGUGGGAUUCUUCAGCAGACAAGAAGAAAAGACAUCUUCCCAUUGAGCAGCUGCCAAGCUCCCAUUUGAUUUUGCUCUGGGGCAGCAGCUGGGGACACAGAAAGCAAACCAGCGAGUCUCUCCAGGUAGGGCUUGCUUGACUUUUCUGAAACAGGACUUUGCACACUCUGGAAAGUAUGGCGAGUUGGUGCUGAUUUCUGCGUUGAGUGGUGGAGGAAGAAAAAGUGGAUUUGCAGAGACUCAGGGGAGAGGGAGAAGCCUCCUGCCUCUUCUCCCCAACAAGACACCAUGGGCAACGUCUGGGCAAGGAUCCGGGCUUACUUGGAGCCCUGUCUCCCCUGCUUGUCCCAGGGGGCAGACAAGCCAGUGGUGAUUGCCAAUCCAGGGGCCCGUUGCUCCCCUGUCACUCCUCCUCGGUCCCAGAGGCAGGAGCCUGAGAGAAGCUCCAGCCACUACUUUGUGGCUCUAUAUGAUUACCAGGCUCGGACAGCAGAGGACCUAAGCUUCCGUGCUGGCGACAAACUGCAAGUCCUAGACACUUCCCACAAGGGCUGGUGGUUUGCCAGGCACUUGGAAAAGAGGGAAGAUGGCUACAACCAGCAACUACAGGGCUAUAUUCCUUCUAACUAUGUGGCUGAGGACAGGAGCCUACAGGCAGAGCCGUGGUUCUUUGGAGCUAUCAAAAGAGCAGAUGCAGAAAACCAACUAUCAUAUUCAGAAAAUCAGACGGGUGCCUUUCUAAUCAGAGAAAGUGAAAGCCAGAAAGGGGAUUUCUCUCUUUCAGUUUUAUAUCAAGGAGUUGUAAAACACUACAGAAUCAGAAGACUCGAUGAAGGGGGCUUUUUUCUUACCCGGAGAAAAACCUUUUCAACACUGAAUGAGUUUGUGAGCUACUACACCACGAGAAGCGAUGGCUUGUGUGUCAAGCUGGAAAAACCGUGCUUAAAGAUACAGGUCCCAAUGACUUUUGAUUUGUCAUAUAAAACCGCGGACCAGUGGGAGAUAGACCGCAACUCUAUACAACUUCUGAAGCGAUUGGGAUCCGGUCAGUUUGGCGAAGUAUGGGAAGGCCUAUGGAACAACACUACUCCUGUAGCAGUCAAAACAUUAAAACCAGGUUCAAUGAAUCCAAAUGACUUCCUGAGGGAGGCACAGAUGAUGAAGGGCCUAAGACAUCCCAAGCUUAUCCAGCUGUAUGCUGUCUGUACUCUAGAAGAUCCAAUUUAUAUUAUUACAGAGUUGAUGAGACACGGAAGUCUGCAAGAAUAUCUCCAAAAUGAUGCUGGGUCAAAAAUCCAUCUAACUCAGCAGGUAGACAUGGCUGCACAGGUUGCCUCUGGAAUGGCCUAUCUGGAGUCCCAGAACUAUAUCCACAGAGAUCUGGCUGCCAGAAAUGUCCUCGUUGGUGAACAUAAUAUCUACAAAGUAGCAGAUUUUGGACUUGCAAGAGUUUUUAAGCAGGUAGAUAAUGAAGACAUUUAUGAAUCUAAACACGAAAUAAAGCUGCCGGUGAAGUGGACUGCACCUGAAGCCAUUCUUGCUAAACAAUUCAGCAUUAAGUCCGAUGUGUGGUCAUUUGGAAUUCUUCUUUAUGAAAUCAUUACUUAUGGCAAAAUGCCUUAUAGUGGUAUGACAGGUGCUCAGGUGCUCCAGCUGUUGGGUCAAAACUAUAGACUCCCGCAACCAUCUAACUGUCCACAGCAAUUCUACAACAUCAUGUUGGAGUGCUGGAAAGCAGAGCCUGAGGAACGACCAACAUUUGAGAUACUGCAAUGGAAACUUGAGGACUAUUUUGAAACAGACUAUUCAUAAUCAGAUGCAAAUAACUUCAUAAGAUGAACACAAAGGAAAAAUAUUAAAUAAUGAAGUAGCAAAAAAAAUUGAAUAAUCAGUCCAGAAACACAAUCUUAUUGAUCAACUAUGAAAUCAGUUUAUCUUGACAUAUGAAAGUGAUAGGGUAAAUUUGGCCAGGUGUUAUAAAAAUGAUCUGUGCAUUUUAUUGACUGGGAAACACUAUAGGACAGUCUAAGAUGAUAUAUCAUUUUCUCACUGCCUGGUAAAAUUAAGCACACUAAACAAAGUUAUUUUUCUUUUUAAGAGAUGCUCACAUUUCUAUUUAUUGUUUGAAAUGCCGAUCAAGAGAAUCAACAGAUGAUAGUCAGUUUUUACUCAGUGACUGUUGUAGCAUUUUCCUGUUUACUGAUUACAGUGGUUAUUCAUUAUUCCUCGGAUUGCUGAAUCCCAUCAGGCUAUUAUUAUGAAGGAAUUUGAUUGCUUUGGUGCACAGCAGGACCUGUGCUUUGAGAUUUCUUUUCUCUUUUAAAAUAUCCUGUAACUACAAUGAUGGCAAAGCCAUGUUAAAUGACUUGAUUGUACUUGGAGUAAUUGCACAUAUUUUUUUCCUAUGCAUAAAAAAAUGAAACAGCUGUUGAGAAAACGAAUUAAAAUCUUUCUCAUUUUGUAGAAGGAAAUGAUGGAAUUUUUUCUAUACCUCAGUAUGUGUCAUCUGAGAAUCAUCUACAUUAGUGUUAAUCCCUUAAUGUUGAGAAUCAGGUUGCAAAGCUGAUGAGUUAUCACCUAUGGAAAUAUGUGGAAAACAUCUAAUAGCCUACAAAGCCUGAUAAAUAGGUAUCAAAUAGUUUAGAAAAAUGAGAGGAGGGCAAUAGAAUUGCUAUGGCCUAGGGCUUCUGAACAAUUAAAAAAAAAAAGUACCUUUUGACAUAUAGGCCAGAGUUUUAAAUGAACCAUAAAAACGGUCAAGCUCUAUUUCAGAACUUUCAGAACUAGAGGCUAGGAAUAAUGUCUGAACUUGGUUAUGAAACUAUAUUUUUUGUCUGGUAGGGUAGAGGUUUUUACUCAUCUUAAAUUUGCAUUAACCUUUGUAACAACAUUACUAUCUUCUGAAGCAAUGGGUGUAUAAAAUUCUCUGCCUCAUUAGAUGACUAGGGGGACUUCUCCAAGGUGGUUUCAAAAUCAAAUAUAUAUUCAAAGAUCUUCUGAUAUAAAGCAUUCUGAAUGAAAGCCAUGAGAAAACAGGAUAUUUUGAAUAUAUUCUUUUAUCUGUCUUUAAAAGAGAAGAACCUAUCUAAAUAGUUACAGAAACCCAAACUCAAAGUGGAUUAAGUAACAAAUAAAUCUGCAAACUCUUUUAACUGGGAGGUAGGGAGGGCUCCAGGCACAAUACCAUCAGCAGUUCAAUGAUGUCAAUAAAGGCCCAAGUCCUUUCCAACUUUGGCCUCUGCCAUCAGCAUUGCCCUCAUUUCCAGGGUAACAGAUGGCUGUCAUUUGCAAAACUGGGGCUCCUUGUUCUAGCAGGAGAAAAUGGGAAACCUCUUUCCCAAACUUGGAUAAAAAUUAUUUUUAUUUUCAUGUUCAGGCAAACUUGGGUCAUCAUAUGCCAGCCCUGGACCAAUAAUAGACUUAAUGUGAAUGCUAUGUGCUAAUUGGCUUAGAAUAAGUUCUGAGACUGAAGCUGAGACUAUGAUUACCUUCCUCAGAAACAGGUUAAGAGGCUGGCUUUUCUGAAUAAAAUUAGAGAAUAUUAGAUGCUGCAUAGGUGUCCAGUGAGGAGAAAAAUCCUUUGAGAUGAAUUAACUGUUAGAUUUUAUCAAUCUAUGUACCUGUUUAUUCAUCUAUUUGAUAUUUAUCAGUCUAUCCAUCCAUCCAUCCGUCAUCAUCAUCUCAAUCACCUCUUCUCUCUCUCUUGCUUUUUCUU